UAUAUAUGAAGUCCAAUCCGAUCUCAGCUGCUCAAACGGCGCCCAACGGGGAGAUGCUCGUCGUCGCCAAUUCCUACGCCAAGAGCAACUUCGAAGGCCUGCAGCGCGCCAUCUCGGACCUCUCCCUUCAGAUCAGUAAAGAGGCGGCGGCGGCGGCAGUGGCGGCGUCGACGGACGCGUCCAAGCUUCCGCCGAUCGCCGAGGUGGAGGACGCCAAGUGCGAGUGCUGCGGCAUGUCGGAGGAGUGCACGCGGGGGUACAUCCGGCACGUGCGUGACAAGUUCGCCGGCCGGCUGGUCUGCGGGCUGUGUGGGGAGGCGGUGAAGGAGGAGGCGGCGAAGAAUGGCGGGAGGCAAAGGGAGGCGGUGGAGGCGCACAUGAGCGUGUGCCGCCGGUUUAACCGAACCCACCCGGUGCAGCUUCAAGUGGAGGCGAUGAGGGAGAUCUUGAGGAAGGCGGCGAGAGGUGGCCGGGUGGCGAGAGGCUGCGAGGCCAAGAAAGAAUGCCUCACCAGGAGCUCAAGUUGCAUCCCGGCCAUCAGUAAGGAGAUGAACAAGUACUGCAACUGCAAGAAGAGUAUUAGUUAACUGAUCAUUAGGCACCUUCUGAUCAAAGAAUAACCUAAUUAAACUUGGGGGUUUUUCCAAAGUUACUAUAACAACUUUAUCUAAACUUGUUACAACAUGUAACUAAG